AUGCUAGAUCACUUUUCAAAAGCUGAAGCUUACUAUGUAAAGUUCUCCUGGGUUCGUAAAUGCUACUACUAUAAAAUAUUCCAUCUUGCUGUUCAAUUAUUAUAUUUACUCGUUAUUGGAGCGACUGCAAUUGCAAACCCCGGGGAUUGUUCAUCACCAAUUCAAGUCUUUUUAGAAGGAUUAUUCGGCCUUUACAUUUCUGGAGUCAUUAUCAAUUCAGUAGUAGGUGGAACAAGGCUAUGCAAAGCAUAUAUGGGAAAUGGGAUGCACAGACUCCGUUUUGAAGGUGUCACAUUAGGAAUUGACACUUGUUAUUAUCCAGUAUAUUUUGCGUUUACUUUAUUUGAAGUUGCAUGAUAUUUAUUAGGAAGCGUAUGGUAUUUCCAAGACAAUGAUUGCAAUAGUGAAUAUUCUGUAGGCGCAGGAAUCACUGUCACAAUUUUGAUUUUAUGGUACAUUUUUAUCAUUUGUUUGAUAACCUCGUGUGUUUGGUUUAAUUGGUACAUACAUCAUGUAGAUAUGCCAAGAAUACAAAAUCCGAAAGAAAAUGAGGUAAAAUUUGAGUACCCGAAUGUUGAUAAGAGACCUUAUCCAGAGCCGAGUCCAAUGAAAAGUGUAUAUAAAAAUACAGAAGAUAGGACUUAUCCUCAAACUCCAGCAAAAAAUAUAGAGGAAGAAAGGCAAAGGUAUGAGAGAGAUCCUGAUGAAAGCUAUAGGGAUGAUAAAGAUGUAUAUGGAGAUGUGCAAGGAGGGGUAAAGUUAUAUGUGAAAAAGCCUGGAGUCAUUUUUGAAGAAGAUCCUAGGGUGUCUCAGGGAUCUAAUAAUCAAAGACAAAAAGAAAUUUAUGAAGAAGAUCCAGGACAGCAAGCUUAUAAUCAAAGACGGUUACCAAGGGCGAAUUUUAGAGAAAAUCCUUCAAGAGUAGAAGAACAGAAUAACCAAAGGGAGUUGGAAAUGAGAAAGUUUCCUCCGAAUUAUAACUAA